AACCAUUACCGUCAUCAGAUAAAAGCGAAGAGUGACGACUCAUCGUAUACACCAUCUGAUUCUUACUAGUUUUGAAACGUCGAAUUCAUCAUCAAAUUUUUAGUGUGUACUCGCUCCCAGUCUUCUUCGUCACGUCAUCAUAUUGUCAGAAAACAUAAGGAAACAAAAGAUACAAAUAUUCUCGCAUAAUGAAGUGGUUUGGGGGAAGUAUUAAUGAGGCGGUGGCCACGUCAAAAUCGAAGAAAGCAAUUUUCGUCGUAUUUGUUGAAGGCAAGGAUGACACAUCAGUACAAUUUGCCCAGACAAUUGAUACUACAGAAAUCUCUUCUCGUUUGGAGAAGGAGGAUUUUGUAGCUAUAAGAUUAGAAAGUGGAUCUGAAGCUUACAGAUUUUUUGCACAGAUUUAUCAAUUGGUACCAGUACCAUCCUUAUUCUUUAUUGGGGAAAAUGGUGUACCAUUGGAAAUUGUUGGUGGUAACAAAAGUGCAAUUGAAUUAGCAUCAAAAAUUGAUGACGUAUUGGCAAAGGCAGGAAAGAGCAGUAAACAAUCUUCAUUGAAUCUAAUUGAUGCAGAACAGAAAGCUGCUAGUAGCAGUGGCGAUAACAAUACAGUUAUUACAUCUAAUGUAAAUGAUGUAAAAUCAAAUGCACAUACAGAUUUAAUCUCAACUGCGGCAGAAUCUACAGCAGUGAAUACCUCGAGUGAUAACAAAGAUAUUACAGAAAAUGCAGCAAAGCCCACAACUUCAUUAAAUACAGAAAAACAAGAUAAUAAUGAAUCAACAAAGAAAAAUGCUGAAUCUAAACAAGAAAGUCAGAAUACAGAACUGACAGCUGAGGAAAAGAUAGAAAGAGCACGACAAUUAAUUGAUCUCCAACGAAAACAGCGAUUGGAGGAGGAACAAAAAAAAGACCGGGAACGUGAAAUUGAACGGCGUAAAAUGGGUCGCGAUGUGCAAAAAAUGCGGCAAAUGCAGCAAGAAUUGGAGAUAAAACAAGCUCAUGACGAGAGGAUGCGAGAAAAGGCUGAAGAAGCUGUAGCUCGCCAAAAAGUUAGGCUACAAAUUGCUCAAGACAAAUUGGAACGGAAACAAAAAGAGCUCGCGCUGCAACAACAGGCCCAACGACAGCAAGCUCAAGAGCAAUCAAAACACAAUCCAACGCCUAGUAAUGCAACUGUGACGAGAAUUCAAUUUAGAUUACCAUCUGGCAAUUCUCAUACGGGACAAUUUGAACCGUCAAGCACUCUACGCGGUUUACGCAACUACGUUCUUGAAAACAUCGAUUUACCUUUCCGACAAUUUGCCAUGUCGACGUCAUUUCCCAGACGGGAAUUAACUAACGAAGAAAACGACAAGACCCUACUGCAACUUGAACUAGUCCCAACCGCCGUUAUCUUGAUUCUUCCUUUGAAAAAUUCUAAUGUCACAACAACGGUUACUUCAACGCAAGAUGUUGGCUUCUUCUCUCGCUUCAUAUGGACCGUUUUUGCGCCUGUUAUUCAUAUUUACAACUAUAUAGUAGGUUAUUUUUCUGGCACUAAUGAAGACACAAAUCGUCAACGCGGCGACUCUGAUAGCGAUUCUUCGGAAGCGUCAAACAACCCUGAUAGAUCUAUUCCUCCGAAUCAGCGAAAUGUAAUUCAAUCUUCGGGUUUGUUUAGAAGAUACUUGGGUAAUCAAGGAGGGACAACAAUCAGGGCACAAGGGAAUAUACACAGACUGCAUUCAGGUGGAGAUGAUGACGAUGAGAAUAAUACUUGGAACGGUAACUCCACCCAACAAAUGUAAAAUAAUCGUAAAUUUUGCUCGAGUCACGUCGCAACCAAUCACUUUUAAUCAAUUACACUGUUCUCGGUAUAUGAAUUGUUGUAUUGUAAUUAACGUAUUCAAUAUGCGCUUCACUCUUUGUUGUACGCUCUUCGUUGUACAACGCUAAAACUUAUCUGCAAUAUAUUUUUCGCACAAGCAUCAAGUUCCGACGAACAAAUUACGUCUUAACGUUUACGCAUACGUCGUAGAGUUGCGAGAAUAAAUAUUCGUUAACUCAUGUUUCACAGCCAGCAAUAAUUUGAGCAUUAUUUAAAUUUUAAUGCUGCACUAAUGUAUUCUAAAAAAAAAAAUGGUAGAACACAUUUCAAGGAAAGAUAAAAACGGUCGUAAGAUAAAAAAGGUGUCGAGCAAGUGGUAUAUGGACCAAAUGUAACAAGUUUUGUAGAAAUCAACGUGUAAAUUGUGGAUAAUUCACGGAAUCUUAAGUUCGAGUACUUGAAAUGAUAUUUAUUUGAGUCGACCUUUUUUUCAUUUCGGAUAAUAUAUUUUUGUGAUGAUAACAUCAAUAAUUGUUAUCUUGAACAAUAAUGUUGGUUUAAUAAUAAAAUUUAUCUUUUAUGUUAUUAACAGCAUAAAUUUUAUCCAUAUUUUUCACUAGAUUCAGUAGAUAAAUAAGAAUGUAAUGUAAAUCAAAAUAAUUAAUGUCUUAAUGUAUAUAAUGAUUUAGAUAUCCGCCUAUAAAAAUUUCUUGAUGAAAACUUAAUAAUUAGGGAUAUUUAUUUUUUGAUGGUAGCAGACGUGCACAAGAUAUGAGGGAUUAGGUUCUGUCUUAAUGCCUAAAGAAAUAAAUAUGAAAGUCUGUGGCA